CUUGGUGUAUUAGUAUUCAAACUGCAGUGAUACAACUUACCGUAUUUUGUCGCAUAAAUUUUGAUUGUCAUCACUUUCAUUGCGAAUUUCUGUGAUACUGGCUAGUUCACUGUAUUCCUAAUUGAUGAAUUUUCAGGAGGAUUAAGAGAGAUAAAGAGUAUAAUUUUGGUUUAUUUUUGAAGUGUGGUACACUCUAAUGUCCGUCUGGAUUUUUGACUAGUCUCGUGACAUUUAAUGACAGGAGUGUACGUGUAUGUUUUUGAUAGUGAUUAUGUGUCGUUCUCAUGAAGUUAAAGUAUCUCGUGAAAGUUAUUGUGAAGUGGUGUUUCUGGCGAAAUGUUUUUUGAUAACCCUUAUGUCCUAUUUGUAUAUCUGUUUUCACUAUUUGAUAACUGUUUCUUGGUUAAAUUUCAUGUUCGUUGUAACAGGGAAUUAAGCAUAAAUUGUGAUAUUUCGGGUUAUGAUUUACUUCAUAUGUAAGACCGAAUGUUUUCAGGCUUAAGAGUGUCAGUCGAACGACUGGAUAAAACUAAAUUAGGCUGUAAUAUUUUGCCACAUUAUGGGUUGUUUACAUCGUGGUUUUGCUGUCGUAUUUAGCGUAACUUCUUCACGGAGGAGAUUAGUUCGAGUCGUUUAGAUGAAGAACAUGCAUCGAUGCAGUUGCGUUUACAUUGUUUACAUGGUUACAGAUCGCAUUUCUUGGUCUGAGUGUGGCAUUCAACUCCGUUGAUCGAGGGUUUCCACGGCAAUGUUUGGGUGCAGAGUACUGAAUUUUAGAUGAUCUCUCCGUCUAUCAGCCUUCCCUGAGUAAUGGCGGAUUAUUGGAAAAGUAAUCCUAAAAAAUAUUGUGAUUUAUGUAAAUGUUGGAUUGCUGACAAUAAAAUCAGCAUUCAAAAUCAUGAGAAUGGUAUGCGUCAUAAAGCCAGUGUAGCAAAGAAAGUCAAUGAAUUAACUCGUAGCAAUAAUGAUGCUGAAGUGGAAAAGCGAAAAUUAGAAGCAUGCCUACAACAAAUCAAUGAUAGUGCUCAUCUAAGCAUGAUGAAAGAUUUAGAAAGAGAUCCAUCAUUGGCAAAACAAUACGGGAUUGAAUUAGCUAAAGAAAUCAAGGCUAAUCAUACUGAAGAAAGUUUAAGUAAAACAGAGAAAUCACUGCCUGCUGUUAAAUCUCGGCUUGAUCCACCAAAACCGGAGAAUAUAUGGCGAGAAUCAAUCACACCAGAUGGGAAACAUUAUUACUGGAAUAUAGCCACCCGUAUGACACAAUGGACACGACCGGAUGGUAUUAUAGAACCAGACAAUCGAACAGUGAAACAAGAAAAGGAUAGAUUAAAAGAUUUUGUCUUUAAUCGUCUUGUGGAGUUAAGUGAAUCUGGAUCCAAGGGAGCCAAUGAAGCAGUACUACAGGCAUUCAAUGCUUCUGUAGACGAGGAUAUAUCAAUUCCUACUGUAGUAGAAAAGCCUACAGUUGACAGACAUCAUAAUGAUGAAAGGCCUAGUACACCAGAACCGAAGAAGCCUAUUGAAUUUCAUGGUCCACGGAUUGAUUUGCUCGGCCCAUGGGUUGCUUGUGAGGAUGUUCCUACUAAACCAAAAUUACCAAAACUUGAUCUGCCUAUCAUUACCAAUGAUGUUGUCUAUUCACAGAAUCCAGUACUCAAUGAAAAAUUAUCUGUAAUAGCACAUUUAGAAGAAGCCACAGAAAAAUCGAUUGAAAAUACCUCAUUGUUCAACCCGGUAGAAAAAGUAAUUCAUCCUGGAAGUUGUCUUGGUGGCGGAGGCAGUAGUAUUAAGAAAAGUGAAGACAAUGGUUGUAAAGUUGAACAGUCAAGCAGUAGUAAUCCUGCUCGUAUUGUAUUUAGACGACGUCCACCCGGAAGUAAUCGAUCGAUACGUGCACCACAAAACGAUGAUUAAUAAUAAUGAUGAUGAUGUUGUUGUUGUUGUUUCAUGUAAUUAAUUAUUUGAAAUAAACACACAUCUCUUGUACAUAUUAAAAUGUGUUAAUAAUAAUAAUAAUAAUGAUAAAAUUAUAAUUCAUGCAUCAAAAGAGCCU